CGAGAGAGAGAGAGAGAGACUUCUGCUGGAAAGGUUGUAAAAAGAGAAGGAUGCGAUUCUCACGACAAUUGUAGCCCAUCAGUGUUUGAUCAUAGGCAGCAGUAAAACAAAGGUAAAAUGCAGUUAUAGUUGUAAAACAGAAAUGGUUAAGCUGAAGGUUAAAUUACAAUAUGCUUGAAAAUCACUUCACUUUAAUCUAAUCAAUCAUACAAUUGGUUGUUAAAUACAAUUUGAUACUUACGCUUGGCAAACAAAAAACACAAAAAACUUUUCUCAGCAUUUUUGCAGAUACUGUACUUUGGCUUUGUGUGGCUUCUGAUAAGGCUUCAGGUAGUAAAACACAAGAGAGAAACAUUGAGCAAUUUGCUUUACUGGAUCCAUAAUCAAAGGACUAGCUUUUUUAACUGGAACAUGAAGCUCAAGUUACUCUUCUCUCUGGUGGUGACUCUCAUGUUUUUGGGGAUCCUGCUGAUCUGGUACUUAGUCGACAACGAUGUGGACCAGCACUUCCCAGUCCCUCAGCAGAAAAGAGCCCCCAAGACCUUUAACCUCUGCAAAGGCUGCAAUAAUACGAUCAAUAAAAUAAUGCAGAAUUACUCUCAAGCCUGGAAGAAGCAGGAGGACAAUCAUAAAAAAUUCAGAUCUCAGCUGAGCAGCAGCUGCAGUGGUUUUGACAAAGCCAUCAUUACCCAGGCCAACACUCCAGUGGGAUCCAAGUUCAGUUAUGAUGGGGGAAAGAGCAGCUACCUGGUGUCUCCGGAGGUUUUCAGCACUUUUACAAAGGAGCAUCCUUUCUCAAAUAAAACAUGGGACACGUGUGCUGUUGUUGGGAACGGAGGAAUCCUGACUGACAGCAGAUGUGGAGAGAGAAUUGAUUCAGCUCAGUUUGUCAUGAGGUGCAACCUUCCUCCUUUGGGAAAUAGUUAUGCGAAGCAUGUCGGUGUCAAAACGGACCUUGUGACAGCAAACCCAACCAUCUUCAUGGAGAAGUAUGAGUCUCUGAUGAGGCGUCGUCGUCCGUUUGUGGAAAGUCUGCAUAUUUACAGCAGCUCCCUGCUACUCCUUCCCGCCUUGGCCUUACGCCAAUACAUUCCUGUAUGUAUGCGGGCCAUCUACAGUAUUGAGGACUUUGGAAGCCCCAUGAGGCCUGUCUUCUUUAACCCUGAGUACAUGCAAAAACUGACUGCCUUCUGGCGUGCAAAAGGCUUGCGAUCAGGGAGGCUGAGCACCGGGAUAAUUAUGGCUAGCAUAGCUUUGGAGGUCUGCGAAAAUGUGCAUCUGUAUGGGUUCUGGCCCUUUGAUAAUCACCCCUAUGGACUCUACGACCUGACGAACCACUACUAUGAUGACAGAAAAGCUAAAAGUGUCCACGCCAUGCCCACUGAGUUUGGGCUCUUGAUGGGGUUGCACAAACAGGGGGUGCUCAAGCUUCAUCUGGGAGAUUGUCAACAUUGAUGACUAUGAGUCAUAAUUGUAUGUAAGAGUUAUUAUUUGGGUCUGUGUUUUUUUUUUUUUGGAUGUUUCUUGUUAGCGUCUGUCUUUGAGCUGGCAGCUCUCACACCUAUUUUAUUUAUUAUUAUUCCGCCUUUUUUUGGCUUGUAUCUCCUCCUAUACUAAUUGUGCUAUCAAACAAUCAAUCAGUCAAACUUUAUUUCUAUCGCACCGUAGGUUUUAGUUUGGACAUUUGGAACAAUUAAAAGACCACUACCAGAAGACCUGAGGGCUGUGGUGGGCUCAUAAGUUAAAAGCAAAUCGGAUAAAUAGGGGUGCGCAAGGUCAUUAAGAGCUUUAAAACCUAAUAAGAUAAUCUUGAAAUCAAUUCUAAAACAAAGGGAUAGCCAAUGCAGAGACUUUAAAAUCGAUGUAAUGUGUGCUCUCUUUCUGGUCUUCGUCAGCAGUCUUACAGCUGAAUUUUGGAGAAGCUGCAACUAAGAAGUAUGCUUUUUCGGAAGACCAGAAAGAAGAGCAUUACAGUAAUCAAUUCUACAGGUGAUAAAAGCAUGAAUAAGUGUCUCUGCAUUGUCCUGAGAGAGAAACUGUCGGACUCUGGCAAUGUUAUUGAGGUGAUAAAAUGCCUUUUUUGUAACAUCCGAACUGAGAACUGAUAUGAGUUAGGAAGCUGAGGUUUUUGUCAAAUAUGACACCUAGAUUUUUGACCUGCUCACAGGGAUUAAAAGACUUGGAGUUUGUCAUUCAGUUUUUUCUCUCUGGACUCCUGUACCAAUAACUAAAACCUGAGUUUUGUUCUGGUUGAGCUAUAAAAAGUUGUCUGCCAUCCAUAACUUAAUAUCUAAAAUACAUUUAAAAAGGGCAUCAAUUGGCCCUUUGUCAUCAGGUGACACAGCAAUGUAGAGCUGUGUGUCAUCAGCAUAACUAUGAAUGCCGUGCCUCCUGAUGACAUAUAAAGGUUAAAAACCCUGGAGAACACCAAAUUUCAUUUUAUAAACUCCAGAUGAGAAUUCACCCAUACUUAUGUAAAAUUUUCUUUCAGUGAGAUAUGAUUCAAAUCAGUUAAAAACAAUACCAGAGAUGCCAACGAUGUUACGGAGUCUGUUUAAAAGAAUUGUGUGGUCUACCGUAUCAAAGGCUGCUCUCAGGUCAAGUAGAACUAAAACAGGCAUUUUUUAUCCAUUUAGAGCUGAGGUCAUUUACAAUUUUAACUAGCGCCGUCUCUGUGCUGUGAUUCUUUCUAAACCCAGAUUGAAACAUUUCCCACGUGCUUCUGGAGUUCACAAAAUCAUGUAACUGAAUAAAUACAAGUUUUUCUAAAAUGUUACUUAAAUGGCAGGUUAGAUACUGGUCUGCAGUUAUCUGCUUGCUUGUUGCCUUGUUAUAAAUGCUCAUUUGCUCACGAAAAAUGUCAUAACACCUUCUCUCUGCUAUUCGACAGUUUCUCUUCAAUUUAAUUGUCUUUGUUUCUCCAGGGAGGUGUUGGGUUUGUUGUAAUUUUUGUCAGUUUUAGUGGUGCCACUGUAUUAAGCAUUGACCUAAGUUUACUGUUAAAACUGUCUACCAUAGAAUCACAAGAGGAAGGUAAAAUGUUUGCGGGAAUUUCAAAUAGAAUAUCAUUAAAAUUUGUAGCCACUUCAGUUGUAA